CUACACUGCUGACUCUGCCCUGCCCCCUCACCCCAGUGUCCCACAGUCUGCCUCUCUGUUGACUGCCUGACUGCCUGACUGUCUGCCUACCUGUCUGCCUGCCUGCGUGCCUGCGACACAAGCAAGACGGCCGGCCGCAUCAGGUUUUCCCGUCUGAGCUAUGGCGUGUUCGUCUCUGCUGAGUGAGGCGGACCUCCAGCGGUUCCGCACGCAGCCAUGCCGUCGCAACAAGACCAGGGACGGGUGUGGCUACGGUGACAGAAGAUGCCAAUUCAGCCAUAACACAUUCUGGGUCGGCAGGCAGGCCACACUAUGGCGGGCAUCAUCGCAGGCAGGACAGUUUGUACGUGUGAGUCUGUCUGUCUGUUUGUGUCCAAUAGGUUCGACGCUGUCCGUUUUACUCGUCCGAUCCGAAGUGUCUCAGAUACCUGCCUCUCAAAUGCAGCGCGGUGAGAACGACAUACACACACACACACACACAGAGACAGAGAGAGAGAGAGAGGCGUCCUUAAUCGAAUGUGUGUGUGUGCGUGUGUGUGUGUGACAGGUUGAGUUGAUGGAGGGUGAUUCGGUGAGGAACUUCUGCAAGCGCGGCGGCAGCUGCCCAUACGCACACUCGAGGGAAGAGAUCAACUACCACCCACUUUACUACAAAACGUACCCACACACCGACGCGGAGCACUCAGAGAGUCUCAGAAUGCCUUUAUAUGGAUGGCGUGUUGCAAACUUGCUUGCCUGGGUGUGUGCAGUGAGGUAUGUGAGGCCAACCAGAGCAGCGAGUGCAAGGAGUACUACUGCCCGUUCGUCCACGGCCUGGCCGAGCAGCGCACACCAGAGGUCUGCAAAAUCGCGGGCUUCGGCCCGGACGGCAACGGCCUCCCACCCACAGUCAAACGCGCCAAUGUUGUAUUCGUCAACAAAGCUGGCGAGUAAGCUUGUGAGGCGCCAUGGUAUGGACAACCAAACAACUGUGUGUCUGGUGUGACCAUAGCCCAUUUCCUGCGGUGGAGUCGCCGCCCUCUCGCCGCCGUGUCAACCUCCACAAGCCCACAGGACAGCCUCAAGACAGUGCGCCACCGACACCAUGCGAGCUGCCCAGACCCGCCAUCGGCACCGUCACUGCAAGUGCGGCUGGCUGCACACACAGAGAGAUGUCGCACGCAGCCAUGCGUCCGUGUGUUUGGCUGUGCGCUCAGAUAUGCACCCGUUUUCGCACCAGGAGGGUUGUCAGUCUGCGUUGCUGCUGCUGAGUUGCGGCGACCAGGUGUCGGUGACGCACACGGACAGCCGCGGCAGCAAGGGCUGGAUGUACGGCACCUGCAUCAAGGGCGCCCACGCCGGACACGCCGGAUGGUUCCCAUGCGCCAUCGUCACCUUCGACAACCACAGCAGCGACGAGCAGCACCAGCAGCACCACAGCAGCGGCAGCAGCUCCCGCACACACCAUGUGCCGCCCUCUCCCUCACUGCCUACGUCGACCGAAGAAUUCUCUUCUUGCCAGAUCCCCCCAGACACAGACACACAUAUGGACUCUCCACCAGAUCGAUCACUGUCUAUGCGUCCGUCCGUGGUUGUAUGUGCAGAGCGGCGACACACCGACGGACACGCCCAAGGCUUCUGGUGCCGUCGCUUCACACACGGGUCUGCAGGUGCACCACCACGACAGUCAUCGUGCGGAGGAGACGUGGCAGGUGGGGAGUCGAUACCUCGCCAGCAGACUGCAGAUGAUGCGGCCGCGCGAGUGGCCACACGUCCUCACCAACGGCAGCCAGUGAUUCGUCGUUCGUCGAUCGUGUGUGUGUGUGUGUGUAAGUGUGUGUGUCGUGGGCGUUGGUAUAUGGAAGCGAGAGUGACUGAGUAACUAACUGGGAGAGAGGGGGGAUUCUCUCUUCUCGGUGUAUGUCGUCUGUCUGUCUUCGCUAACACACAAAGUCUUCAAGUCAGCAGUUGUGCUGAUUGAUUGACGUGUCUGUCUCUGUAGCGGCCUGUAUGUAGCGAGCGACAGGUAGUCUGGCUGAAAGUGGUUAACCUGUGGUUAACUGACUGACUGACACGGGGCGAGGCGAGAUGAGGGCAUUCGUAGACAGCGGGGCGGCUGCUGCGAGAAGGCAUCACACAGAGAGACACAGACAGGUAGGCAGGUAGCACGCACACCACACCCACACAGGUAGUCACGUAUCAGGGAGGGAGGGAUGGACCAUCAUCCCAUUUUUGUCCAACCAGCCAACCAUUCAUAGCGCCUGUGCCCUCUCGCCGAAUCGCUCGCUCGUCGGUCUCGUAGAUUGAUUAAGGGAGAGAAGGAGUGAGGGAGGGGGGAACGGCUGUAGGUUCCCCCCUCUCCCCCGCCGUAGCCUCCUCCUCCCUACCCACUUGCUGUCUGUAGGUAGGCAACUAGAUAUUUGUGCGUACAGCCAUCCAUCCAUCCAGCCAUCCCUCGCCAGCCACACCAUGUUUGAUGCGUGUAUGCGAUUCAUUCAUGUGUGGUGCGUUCGUGUGCAUGUGCAUGUGCAUGUGAUGUGCAUGGGUCUCUACAUACAUACGACAUUCAUUGCGUACAUCCGUACAUACGUACGACAUUCAUCCACUCACUCAUUCUUCCAUACCAACUUGCUCCGUCUGUCUUGUCGCUGCUGCUGCUGCUGCUUUUUCUGACUAAUUCACGUCCGUACGGCAGGUACCAACACACACACAGGUCUGUGUCACUGUGUGCGGUGUUGGGUGGGUGUAAGGUUUUGUUUUUCCUCCCUCCCUCCCUCCCUCUCUGUGUCCACCCCGUCAGCCCAGUUGCCCUCGCCGUGACGCCCCGUUAUUGCACGAUCCAUCCCCUUAUUGUGUAUGCAGUGGUUUACAUACCAGUGAGAGCAGUAGCUACGUUUUCAUGCGUGUGGAUGAGUGAGUGAUUGAGUGUGUGUAUCCCUCCCUGCUUAAUCGAGCAGACGCGUAUCGCUUUCCAGACAGACAGACAGAGAUGGAAGGACAGACAGAAAGACAGGUGUGUGGUUGUGUAUGCAGGGCUACGACCUCUAGGCAUGGCUGGCUUGCUUGGUUUGGCUUGGCUAGUCUCUCUCUCCCUGCCUGGCUGCCCGUCGUCUCUUUCCCAUUGUUUGUGUGGAUGUGGCUUGGCCGUUCUCUCUCUGUAUGGCUUGGAUUAACGUGUGGCCGGUUGUCAUCCUCUCUGUGCCUUGCUAUCUUGCUAUCUUGCUAUCUUGCUUGCUAUCACUGCUUGUGAGUGGCUUUCUCGGCUCUAGGCUUAUACGGAUAUAUAGGCGAUCGUCUGCUCGUCAGUCAGUCAUACAUGCAUACGGGCAUAUGUGCGGGCUGCUGCUGACACGCAUAGAAGUAAGUGGUGACCGUCCUGAAAACUAAGUAAGCCACUAGCUUCGUUGCCUGCUUAGUGUGUGGACGUAACUAGCUCUGUGGGGGGAUGUGUGUGCGGCUGUGUGUGCGCCUGUGUGGGUGGGUGUCCGAGUCGACUGGCUCCCUGCUAGUUCGAUCAGUCCCCACCAGCUGUGCGAAUGGAUGGAUGGAUGGAUGUGUAUGCGGCCGUGUGUCUCCGCGAACCUCUCUUCUGUAAGGUGCCCGAGUCUCCGGAUGUCGGUGUGACUUUGUGUGUGUGCGGGUGGGUGCGGGGGCGUCCUCUGUUUAAGAGGAGAGUCUACAGCCAUUCCAUUGCACUCGUUGCACUACAUUGCAUUCCAUUGCAUUGCGUUCCAUUACACGGGCGCUGAGAGAGACGCUUGCGCACCCCGCUUAAGGCCUUUUUUCCAGAGCGCUCGUGAGCGACCCAGACAGACAGACAGACAGUAGAAUAAUCGUCGCUCACGAGUGCUCGCCACUCACCCAUGCGUCCACUCACUCAUGGUUGUUUAACCAGAGAGAGAGAGAGAGAGAGAAGAAGGCGGACCGAUUAGAGGGUCCAUCUGACUGGCUAAUGAAUGAAUGAAUGGAUGGGCGGGUGGGUGGGUGGGUGCACUGCACGGACCACACACACUUUGCUGUGCGGCAGAUGCAACCAGCAACCUACCUACCUACCUACCUGCUGGCAAGAGGAAGGAGAGGGAGCGUACUCGCAACACUCACUGGUUGGUAUACACAUGCAGACAGACAGACAGAGCGUAUGGCCGCCUGCCUGCAGUGUUGUUUGCAACGGGUGGGCCGGAUGGCUCUCCCUGCUGGUGCUUAACGUACGUCUCAUUGUACGUCUCAUUUUUAAUCCCUCGAGCGAGGGAGCGAGGGAGCAACCGUAGUGUUCGCGAGAGACCCCCGCCUCCCGUCUGCGCGUCCCAUCUCUGUGUCCCCACGUCCCUCUCCCCCACGCAAUCUCUCCCCAUCCCUCCCUCCCUCCCUCCCUCCUGCUUUUUUCUCUCUCUCUGCUGCUCCGUGAUGCGUGUGUGCGUAUGUGUGCCGAUGUGUGUGCCUGGAUCCAGCCAUUCAUUCAUUCAUCCAUUCAUUCAUUCAUUCAUUAGUAAGACGUACGGACAUACACACUUCCCUACCUAUCCACUUACCUACCUACUUGCCUCAUUGUACACUUACAUACAGCCAUACUCCAGUUGUGUCCUUCCUCUGCUUCCUCUGCCUGAGUGGUGUGUGUGUGGUGUGUGUGUGUGUGUUGUGUGUGUGGUGUGGUGUGCGCGGUGUGGUGUGUGAUGCAUGAAAUGCAUGCGUGUGCAAUUUUCUAUGUUCCCGACCAAAACGAGAAUCGACCGACAGCUGACCAAUCGCGACGUCUGUUGUGUGAGUGCGCGACUGACUGGCGUGGUCAAGAAGGAAGUAUCUCCGUGUUUACCGUCCUCCUCCCUCUGUGGAUGUGUGUGCAUGAGUGCCUCCUUCUCUGUCUGCCUGUCCCGUCCCCUAAUUGACUCAUUCCCCCCCCUCUCUCUCCCUGCCUCCCUGCCUGACGCACCCGUGUGUGACUACCCCUACUUGAUGAAUGGAUGCUUAUUUACGUACCAACCGACCUACCGACCCUUCAUGUGUCCAUGUGUCCAUGCCAUGUAUGUGUGUGAGGAAUGAGUGUCGCGAUUGAUUCUCUGUGUGUGUGCGUGAGCGUCAUCCGAACGUGCUGCCUUCCGUCGUCCGUGUGUCUGUCUGUCUGCCUUGGUUUGUGCGUGUCUGUCUGUCGUUAUGUCGUCGCUCUAUACACAUACACACAUAACGAUGAAUACUCAUAUAUACAUACGCAAUCCUGUUCCUAUGCCUUUCUCGUCCGUCCAUUUCACGUGUCCCCUUUCCUUGCCCACAGGGGAGGCGGCAUGCCGGGGGUGUUGUAUGUGGCGUACAUCGCUAGAUUUUGAUAAUCUGGAUAAUCUGGAAGGAGAAAGGCAGCGAGUGGGGCAGCCCGCCUGCCUUCUUGCCUGCCUGCUGCGUGUGGCUUCAUAUUUGUGUGGUGGGUGGUGUGCCUCUCUACCUGGCUGGUUAACGGGGGGGGUUUGUAUGGGAGGAAAGGGUGCAGUGCGUGGCGUAUUUAUCUUUCUCUAUGCCGGCAUCAUGUGCGUGUGUCGUCUGCCGCGUCUGCCGGCACGUACAUACAUUCAUUCAUCAUAACCUUCUCUGCUGUCUGCGUUGAUAGACGAGAGAUGGACCGACCUCUUAUGUCUGUGAAGCCAAGCCACCCACCCUUCACGCGAAGGCCUGGAUAAGUUUCCACGCGCCCAACGUCGACUUUGAAUGGCGUGCCGGCCACGUCGACUGAAAGUUUGGGGUUUCUAUCAAACCCAGAACCCGGAUGAAAUGGGCUGUUCUGGGCGGAUUCCUUUGCAUGUGAAGCGACAGAAUGCACU